AUGGAAGGCAGGAAUUCUGUGGUGAAUUUCUCUUCUGAUGGCACGAAGCUCCCUCUGUCGGUGCUGCUCCAAACUCAGAAGGACCUUGUGGAUUAUCGUGGUCUUGGGAUCGGUGUCCUGGAGCUACACCCCAGAUCGCCAGAGUUCACAGAGAUUCUGGACGCGACCAAAUCCGGUUUGAGAGAGCUGCUGAAGGUCCCAGAAAACUACAAAAUACUCUUCUUGCAGUGUGGUGCAAGUGGCCAGUUGAGUGCGAUUCCUUUCAAUUUCAUCAGCCUCAAGGAAGGCAGAUGUGCAGAGUUUGUUGUCACAGGGCCUUGUUCUGAGGAGGCAGUGGAAGAAGCCAAGAAGCUGGGGAAAGUGAAAAUCGUCCACGCUGAGCAGAAUGCUUCUACAACAAUCCCUGAUCCAAGCAAGUGGGAUCUCAGUCCCGAUUCCUCCUAUCUCUAUUAUUGUGCAGAUGAUUCCAUUAGUGGUGUGGAAUUCCACUUUAUUCCGGACUCCAACGAAACUGUUCUGAUCUCUGACAUGUCAUCCAACUUCCUUCUCAAGCCUUUGGAUGUUUCCCGGUUUGGUGUGAUUUUUGCCACUGCCCAAAAAAGUCUCGGCUGUGCAGGACUGACAGUGAUAUUCGUGAGAGAAGACCUCUUAGAUUCGACACUCAGUGGGUGCCCAAUUGUGCUUGACUAUAAACUACAAGCUGGAAUCUUUCCUAAUACUCCUCCAUGUUACAGUAUCUAUAUCAUGCAGUUGAUCUUGGAUUGGAUAAAAAGCAAUGGUGGUUCUGAAGCCAUGGAACAAAGAAGCAUUGCUAAAUCAAAAUUGCUUUAUGAUGUGAUUGAGGGCUCUGCUGAAUUCUAUGUAUGCCCUGUUGACAUGAAGUGCAGAAGCAGAAUGAAUGUAGUAUUCCGGGUUGGUGGCCCAGAAGGAAAUGACAUCCUUGAACGGACUUUCCUUGACAAAGCAGCUGAAGUCUGCAUGAUUUCACUGGAGGGUGACAGAUCCGUUGGUGGGAUCUGUGCCUCGCUCCAUAAUGUGACACUUGAAGAAACACAAAAGUUGGCAGAAUUCAUGUCCUCUUUCAAGCAAGAGGAACACUGA